ACAGAGAGAGCAGACGAUAGAAAGAGGGAGCUGUUCUACUCUGGUUUUUAUUCAGCUUAUCCGUUUGUCUCCUCCUGACACCCAGGACUCCUCUGGCUCUAUCUAACCCAGCAGGGUGCUUUCUGUUGGUGUAACAGUAGACCAGUUCAGCCUCCCUCCUUUUGGGAACUCUGGAGCUCCCUCUCUCACCGUCUGUGCUUGCUCUCCAUCGACUGGCUGAUUUUUCUUAAUUUGGAGUGUGUGAGAGUGUGUUUUACUCGGCAGGAUUAGGCAGUCAGUAUGCACUCUGGUACAAGCUGGUACGGUGGAGGGCGUUUCACUCGUAAGUGUGCGUCGUUGCCUCUCGCUCUGUGAGCCGCACUUGAGUCUCAUACACUCGUCGGAUCUAACGGAACGAGCACCCACUCUUCCCAAGGAUUUGGGAUAUUUGUAUAAAGGUUUAGCCUUCCCUGAAUAGUGGAUACAGAGAGGGCUCCACCUUACAACUUCCCUGAGGAGUAACAUCGUCUGAGCAGGUUGAGAGAGGGAGGAGCUCCCUCUUGUAUUUCCAGGCUGACCCGUGAGGUCUCUUGGUAUUGAGGAGUUGCUUUUCCCAUUAAACGGAAUUUCAGAGAGCGAACCUGAUGAGAGGAUGCAGCAGGAAGCAGAUGUGAGACUGAGCCCGACCUGAGCCCUCAUCCCCCGCCCCCGCCCCCGCCCCCACCCGGCCGUCCCAUCAUGCACAUGCCGUUUCGAGGUCGUCUGAAGCUGCUGGUGGCAUCUCUGACCGCCGUCAUCCUGCUCACCUGGCUCUACCUGCUGGCUGGGAACCUGGAGAAUGGGCGUUCUCUCCUCCUGUCCCCCUGUUUGUCAGAGACCCCCGAGGCACGGGUUCUAGAGCGGGCGGUUCUAGAGUCGCGGGUGCGCGAGAUAGAGGAGGAGAACCGGCAGAUCCGCCUGCAGCUCAGCCAAUUGCAGGGCACGGCCGGCCAGCCCGCCGACGGUGGUAACUAUGGCAACGCGGCGUGGGGGGCGUCAGCUGACACUGGGCCCGAGGAUGUGGAGAACACGGCGGAGGAGAGAGCCAAUCACACAGAGUGUCCCCGUUCGCCCACCGUACUGAAGUGUGAGCUGAUCCAUGUAGCGUGCGUGUGUGCCGGUCACAACGCCAGCAGAGAUGUGGUCACCCUGGUCAAGUCCAUCCUGUUCCACAGGAAAAACCCUCUCCAUUUCCACUUCAUCACAGACGCAGUAGCCAAUCAGAUCCUGAGUUCUCUGUUCCAGUCCUGGAUGGUUCCGUCUGUCCAAGUUAGCUUCUACGACGCAGAUGAACUCAAGUCUGAGGUGUCAUGGAUACCUAACAAGCACUACUCAGGUAUCUACGGCCUGAUGAAGCUGACCCUAACCAAAGCGCUGCCCUCUGACCUCACAAAGGUCAUCGUCCUGGAUACGGACAUCACCUUUGCCACCGACAUCGCUGAGCUCUGGGCCAUCUUCAGGAAGUUCACUGACAAGCAGGUGAUAGGUCUGGUGGAGAACCAGAGUGACUGGUACCUGGGGAAUCUGUGGAAGAACCACAAACCCUGGCCCGCCCUGGGACGAGGCUUCAACACUGGGGUCAUCCUGCUCUACCUGGAGAGGCUGCGACGGAUUGGCUGGGAGCAGAUGUGGAGGCUGACCGCCGAGAGAGAGCUAAUGAGCAUGCUCAGUACCUCGCUGGCUGACCAGGACAUCUUUAAUGCGUUCAUUAAGCAGAACCCAGUCCUAGUGCAUCAGCUGCCCUGCUUCUGGAACGUUCAGCUGUCUGACCACACACGCUCCGAACAGUGCUACACAGAGGUGUCUGACCUCAAGGUGAUCCACUGGAACUCUCCUAAGAAACUUCGUGUGAAGAACAAGCAUGUGGAGUUCUUCAGGAACCUCUACCUAACCUUCCUAGAGUACGAUGGGAAUCUACUGAGACGAGAGCUGUUUGGCUGCCCCAGCCAUGCCACCUCAGAGAGUGUACAAUUACAAGGAGCUCUGGAGGAGCUGGAUGAAGACGACCAGUGUUAUGACUUCCGGCGGGAGCGAAUCACAGUGCACCGCGUGCACCUCUACUUUCUGCAGUACGAGUACACGCCCACCGGGGACGACACGGACGUCACGCUGGUCGCACAGCUCUCCAUGGACAGGUUACAGAUGCUGGAGGCCAUAUGUAAGCACUGGGAAGGCCCUAUCAGCCUGGCCUUGUACAUGUCAGACGCCGAGGCCCAACAGUUCCUGCGUUACGCCCAGGCCUCCGAGGUGCUGAAGAACCGUAAGAACGUGGGAUACCAUAUCGUUUACAAGGAGGGACAGUUCUACCCUGUCAACCUGGUGAGAAAUGUGGCCCUGAGGAACGCCAACACACCCUAUGUGUUCCUGGCAGACGUGGACUUCCUGCCCAUGUAUGGCCUCUAUGAUUACCUCAGAAAGUCAGUGGUCCAGUUAGACAUGGCCAACACUAAGAAGGCUCUGGUGGUACCGGCCUUUGAGACGCUGCGCUACCGCCUCUCCUUUCCCAAAUCCAAAGCCGAGCUGCUCUCCAUGCUGGACAUGGGGACCCUCUACACCUUCAGGUAUCACGUUUGGACCAAGGGCCAUGCUCCUACUAACUACGCCAAGUGGCGGACAGCCACCACGCCCUAUAAGGUGGAGUGGGAGGCAGAUUUUGAGCCCUAUGUGGUGGUGAAGCGGGACUGCCCUGAGUAUGACCAGCGCUUUGUGGGCUUUGGCUGGAACAAGGUCUCCCAUAUCAUGGAGCUGGAUGCACAGGAGUACGACCUGAUGGUUCUGCCCAAUGCGUUCAUGAUCCACAUGCCACACGCACCCAGCUUCGACAUCUCCAAGUUUCGCUCCAGCCCGGGCUACCGCUACUGCCUGCAAACCCUCAAAGAAGAGUUCCACCAAGACCUGUCCCGGAAGUACGGCGCAGCCGCCCUCAAGUACCUCACUGCUCAGAGGAACAUCUAAACCAGGACUCCCAAGGGCCACUGGGCUCCAUAUCUAGGGCCCCAACGGCCCCACUGGCCCCCAUGCUGCUCCCUGGCAAGUCUGAAGGGGUUUGGGAAUAUUGGCAACUAUCCUCCAAUAUCUCAACUAAUCUUGGAUAUCAAGAUGGAGCUUUAAAGUCUUGUAGACAUUUCUGGAGAUGUGUUAAACUUUCUGGGGUGGUUUGGGCUGGGAUGACCCACCCAAUUAUGAUAGAAUGGAUUAUGGCCCAAACUGGACUAAAAAAAUGAACCAAACAGAACAGACAUGACAGUUGUCGCAAGAUGUUGGGCUCACUGGGAAGACGUUCCUCUGAGAGGGAUGAGUGCUUGACUUCUUUAAGCCAGGGAGGAAGUGACGAUUAUCAUGAUUUGUUCUGACAAUCAGGGCCUUUUCUGAGGAAAAUACAUUUCAAACCAAUACGACCACAUGGGAUAUCUGUACCUGGAACUCAAGGACAGGACAUUUGGGAAACACAGAACUUAAAGAAGGGGAAGUUGCAUCUUCCCUGGUCUCUUCAAGGGGACGAAUCUGAAUCACGUUCGGAGUGACCAAACGAACUGGAUAAACGUUUAAGCCUUAUAAUUUUCCCUUAUAUUUAAUAAGAUAUUUAAUGAUAUCAGUAUUUUUCUCAAUGUAAAUGAUUAGCAAUUAAUAACAAACAAAUAUGGCAUAUAUAUGUUUUGAUUAUGAUGUUGCAUUAUAAUUCAAUUCUAUUUCCUUUCUCUAUUUUUGAACCCCCCUGAAAGGAAAGAGUAUGUCCUUGAUUGAAAGCCUCUGAAGGAGUGAGCGGGGAGAAUAGCCAGGCAUCAUGGUUAAACUGGACAUUGUGUAUGUGUGUGCACUCACUGACUAAAUGAGCUGCUCACUAAGUCACCAUGCUAUGCCAUACUACAUUCUUACCACUCAAUGUCAUAUACUUUUCUCUUUCCUCUACAUCAUACUAAUAUCAUCAUGCAUCUAAAUAAUAUAUACAUACAGUAUCAGUCAAAAGUUUGGCCACACAUACUCAUUCAAGGGUUUUUCUUUAUUUUGACUAUAUUCUACAUAGUAGAAGAAUAGUGAAGACGGUAAAACUAUGAACCAGCACAUAUGGAAACGUAGUAACCAAAAAAAGUGUUAAACAAAUCAAAAUAUAUUUGAUAUUUCAGAUUCUUCAAAGUAGCCACCCUUUGCCUUGAUGACAGCUUUGCACACUCUUGGCAUUCUCUCAACCAGUUUCAUGAGGUAGUCACCUGGAAUGCAUGGAGGAUGGGGAAUAAUUUAGGUGUGCCUAAUUUGUGGAAUUUAUUUUCUUCUUAAUGCGUUUGAGCCAAUCAGUUGUGACAAGUUUGGGGUGGUAUACAGAAGAUAGCCCUAUUUGGUAAAAUAAAAAAGUCCAUAUUAUGGAAAGAACAGCUUAAAUAAGCAAAGAGAAACAACAGUCCACCAUUACAUUAAGAUAUGAAUAUCAGUCAAUUGGGAAUAUGUCAAGAGAUUUGAAAGUUUCUUCAAGUGCAGUCACAACAAACAUCAAGCGCUAUGAUGAAACGGCACUCAUGAGGACCGCCACAGGAAAGGAAGACUCAGAGUUACCUCUGCUGCAGAGGAUAAGUUCAUUAGAGU